AUGAAUACUAAGUCGUGCUGUUCUCAUAAGAACCCCGGGGCAGCAAGCCCGGUACCGAGCCGUCGGUCUUGGUUUUCCGACAUCCUGGACAUCACCGUCAGCUCUCUCUGCAGUCUGGUGACCUGGGAGUACACUACCCAGAAUGAGAUCCCCCAAGGCCCGGACGGAGAGCAAAAUCACGGAGCCGAAAAUACCACCGGCGCCUUCAUCUUCCGCCCCUCUCCGGGCCUCAUGCUCUUUUCCUGUCUGGUGUUCGGCUGUUGCGUCUCAUCGUUCGCACAUCGGAGACAAAGCGAAGACCCAUUUCAGUUCGUCAUCUUCUUGGUUCUCCUCAGCUGUGCUAUCAUGAUCGGGUACGCCGCCCGGGCGCCUGUGUACCUGAUCCUACUUGGCUACCUCCCAUGGGCAACGUGUGCGGCCAUGGCGAUCAGCGCUUCGGGCCGCGGCGUGUAUAGGUGUCUGAGACCCCAAAUUGCGGCAAAGGGUCAAGGGGACGAAGAGAGGGCGCGAUUCUCGGGUUAA